CGCGCGUUGGCAGUCGGUCCGCGGUCGUCCCUCAGUUCGCCUCACCGUCGGUCCUCGGUUAUAAUAUCGUCCUUAUUAUUAAACCGUAUAAAUACUAUAAAUGUUAUAUUUUUACUCUUCUCGUUUUCCUCCCAUUGCCGGGUACAAUAUCUUGGUCUCGUUUCGUUUCACAACCACUAUAGGUAGAUAACUACUAUAAUAUCCGUCGGAAAAAAGGACAGUAAUAAUAAUUAUAUUAUUAUUAUCAACACCGGGGACGUGCGCGCGCGCGCACGCCGCCAGCCACCCGAUCGUUGGACGCAGAGCCCCUCGCCGAGGAUAGCGUAGAAGGAAGUACGAGCGAGGGAGAAGAGCGUGCGAGGGUUACAACCACCGUCAUCCACGCGAUCUCGCCGGGAGCUGCGCUGUAGCCGCACGCCCUGUGCUGCCAAACGUAUGACGACGCUCGGCGAUUGAUCGCUAUAAUAUACACCGCAGUCCGCAAUAUUAUAUUAACUGUAGAAGAUGGUCACUGUACGGGCACCGUCAUUUCUAGUUCGGAGAAUAUGUGUCUUCAUCUUUUUAGGAAUCAUGGGCUAUUCGAUUUUUCAAAUGACCCGCAGCAAUUCCUAUUACGAUAUGACAGAUCGAAACAUUAUGCGAAAACAAAUAGAACUUGAUAUUAGCAAAUCAUCAAAUAAUGAAGCUCCAGUUAAAAAUUUGAAAAUCGAAAAUUAUAUAGCAUGUCCACACCCUUUUUUGGACCCCUUCGACCCGAUCAUGAUGAAAUUCGUCCAAAAGGAGCCACCUUUAGCCUGCGACCCGGAGGAGGAUUGGGUUACUAUCAAGGGGAAUAUCGCGCGUAUCACCGACAAGGCUCUCAAGAAAUACGGUGACAUCCAGUGCAAAUUUAUGGACGUUUUGAGGGCCAACGAGUUCUCCACGUCACUGGGCGUCGUGACCACCACUCACACGGAAUACAAUUUGGAGACAUCGGAUUUUUUCAGAGUUUACUGUGAGUCGGAAAACGGCCAAUUCAGUUGGGAGAGCCGCAUGGCCGGCAUACGAUUCGACGAGGAUGUGAUAAAUAGAGCCGGAUGGGACCAGGUGCCCAAAGACGGGUUGGGCCUCAACGUCCUAAUGAUUGGAAUGGACUCUAUGUCAAACAUGAUGGUGCAGAGAAUACUGCCAAAGGUGUAUACCAAACUCAAGUUUAUGGGAGCACGCGUGCUCAAUGGCUACAACAUUGUCGGCGACGGGACUCCGCAGGCGUUGAUACCGAUUUUGACAGGACGCACUGAACUGGAGCUUCCGGACACUAGGAAACGCAUGGGGAACAAAGCGUCAUACGUAGACGUCUACCCGUUCAUAUGGAACGAGUUCAAGAAACACGGCUACGUCACUGGUUAUGCUGAAGAUGUUCCGGACGUUGGCAUAUUUACGUACAGGCUAAAAGGAUUUGACCAACAGCCGACCGAUCAUUAUAUGCGAUCAUAUUACGUAGACGCGUCGCCAAUGUUCAAACAACAAAAACCUUUUUGUUACGGUUCUCUACCUAGGCACAAGAUAAUGCUCAACUACAUCAAAGACAUGUUUCGGGUGUACGAGGACAAGCCAAAGUUCAUGUUUGCAUUCCAAGGUGAAUUAUCCCAUGACUAUGCGAGCAAGGUAUCAGUCGCGGAAAACGACCUGGUUGAGUGGUUGGAAUGGUUUGAGAAGUCUGGUUACCUGAACAACACCAUGCUGGUGUUUAUGAGCGAUCACGGUCAGAGGUUUGCUUCCGUGCGCGACACACAACAAGGUAAACUCGAAGAGCGGAUGCCAUUUUUCUCAUUCGUGCUACCUAAAUGGUUCGACCGGAAAUAUCCGACAAUGGCGUCUAACCUGGACAACAACACUAACCGUCUGACAACCCCUUUUGAUAUAUACUCAACACUGAUGAGUAUCCUGCAUCGAGAAGAGCCUAAAACCGACGACGUGAACAAGCGUUCAAUAUCGCUGUUCAACGAGAUACCGUUGGAGAGGACGUGCAGAGACGCAUAUAUCGAACCUCAUUGGUGCGCUUGUUUGAAGUGGCAGCCGAUAAGCGUGGAUAGUUCGUUGGCCAUCGACGCAGCCGCAAACUUUGCACAGUUUCUCAACAGGUUUAACGCUGAGUACAGUGACCUGUGUGCGCCGGUGGAGAUCGAUCGGAUUGAAUGGGCCAACAGGAUGGCACCCAACGAAGGGCUGUUGAAAUUCCACCAGGCCGCCGACACGGAUGGAUUCGUACCCGACAUGUCGGCGAACACAAAAAUAACAGACAUCUAUCUACAGAUAAAAGUGAUCUCGCGAGGGCCUGCCAACGCCGUGUUCGAAUUUUCGUGCCAAUACAAUAGUAACAACAGACGGUACACGGUUUACGAAAAACAUAUCAGCAGAAUUAAUCAGUACGGAAACCAAAGUUGGUGUGUCGCGAAAACCCAACCUCAACUUAACAAGUACUGUUUCUGCAAACAACCAAACUGAGAAAGUCUGACAUCUGUAUGGAAACGUGAUCUGGACACGAAUAUUUUCCAAGUGGCACCGUUCAAACUCAGCUUCCCGUCACUCGGAAUUAUUGUUAACAUUUUUAAUUUUAUGACGUUUUGUGUCAUAAAAAAUCUCUCAACUGUUAUUUUUACUACCUAUAUGUAUACAUGUAUUAUUAUUAGUUUAAUAAUAAUAUUAGUGUUACGUAGACUUUUAAUCGUCAAGUUUAAACUAUUAGUUCCUUUAAGUUCAUAAUUCCAUAUAAUUUUAUCUAAGUAUUAUAUGUGUAAUUUCAAACUAUUAUUCAAAACUAGUUUUUUAUUUGUUAACUAGAUUUUUUUCGUUUUGAAUAUUAUAAGUUUGAUUAAAU